AUGCAAGACAAUAAUGAUGAAGAUCACGAGGAUGAUGAUGAAGUCGUCGUCGGUUUACCAGACGAUUUGUCACAGCCAUCGAAAGCUCGAACCAUGUUCUUGAUGCGUCUCAAUAUAGCGGCAUAUCCCCUCUGUGUUGAGAAGCUUCAGCAUGGUCAUCAUUGUUCGUAUUCCGAGGAUACGCUGAAGAAGGUCCUGGAACAUGGCCAAUCGCUUUAUGGAUCCAACGUUACAACGUUUGAAGAAGAACUGCAAGCGGUGAAAGACUUUGAAUCUCAUAAUUGGGUAUUGUUGAAGCAGCUACAGGAGCAAAAGCAGCUUUCGUUCCGAAGUCGUUCGAUACCAGAAGAAACUGCUGAAUUUGAUAUUGGCGUUUCUGCAGUGGAAUGGGAAAUAAGGAAUGCGACUACCAUUUUGGUCUUUCGAGGAACCUUUACUCGCUGGGAUUAUGCCAAUAUUGAGCAUUGGAUGAUGGAUUAUGCAUUGGAAAAGUCCACUGCUCGUAUGAAAGAGGCAUGGGUCAACGAUGCCGGUUUGGAAUGGACGAAGGAGAUGCAAGAUCGGUCGGAGAACCAUGACGACACAUGGGAAAAAGUGGCACUGCGUGCCCACCAGCUUUUGAAUGAGGAGAAGUUUCCAGAAGAACUGGAGAAAAUCUUGGCUUCAAAUGCGUCUUUAGAAGAAAGCUUGGGCGGCGAUGAUGGCAAUGGCCACGCUGGAUUGACGUUAGAAGAUGCCAGAGGAACUGGAUACUGGAAGCUCACCAAACACAUCGUCGAUCAAGUCUAUGCCGAGACGCUGGCUAGGAAUCAAUCGUUGAUUCUGACAGGUCAUAGUCAAGGUGCCACUCGCGCCCAAUUGGCGAGUAUGUAUCUUCAGAAAGAGUAUGGAGUUCAGAUUCCAACUGUCUCCUUUGCGGCGACUGGAGCGGCUUGCAUGGCACGAUUGUUGUUUGAUACUUCAGCCAACUUACUACAAGAUGUUGAUCCCUAUUCUGGACAUGAUCAAAUCGUCGAAUACGUCCAUCCAUUGGAUGUUUGGGGAAACUCGAUGCUUGGCGAAGAUGGGACAAGGACCUGUUUCAUUUCUAGCAAAACAACCAUGGAAAUGAUUCCUAUAGCAAAUGAAACAACCGCAACAGACCCGGCGCAAGAGUAUUGUUCACAAGUCUAUGGUUGGCCAGGUCCGAUUCUUUUAGCGAACGAACACAGUCCAAUACUCGUGGAUGAAGAGUUGAAGCGGAACUUUCAACGAUGUCGAUACUUUACCCAUAACACUGUCGCAAUAUUCUCGGCGCUGUCGUACUCGCUGCGGGAGAAUGGAGCGACCGCCAUUCGAAAUACUACUGCAACUAAGACAGUAGGAGGUUGUGCCGAUGCCAAGCUCAUUCCAAAAGCCGAUCCUGAUGGAAUUUGUCCAACAGGUCACAUGACUAGUCAAGAAGAAGAAGCCUUUGGUCUACUGCUGGCAAUAGUCCUUGUGACUACCUUUUUAUCUUUUGCGCUCUGCUACAAAUGUUGGAUUCGAAACCGGCAGAUUAGAGGAUAUCAAGCAUCUUUCAAUGCUGACGAAAGCUUUGAUCGUGCGGAAUCACGGGACACUGCCAGUAUCGAGUUACCCGCGCUUACCUAG